GGAGGAAAACUGAAUAAAUAAUAAAUUAAAUACUCGAUUAUGAAGGAAAUCUUUUUCUUAUCCCUGUUAAUCACUCUUUCUGUUGGGAAUACAUGUCAGAAUGAUCAACAAACCAUGAAAGCACCAAUUUCAGGAAGUAUUGAAAUAUCUACAAGCACAUUCUCAGUUUUUUAUGGUAUUCUUGAGCAUCCUGACCAAGAAUCUCUCUAUUUUAUUGGAAAAUACUCUGACGGUACAAGCUUCACAAUUAUCUAUCAGACAGACUACAACUUGAGAAAGAAGAAAGCAAAGAAAUAUGAAUUCCAGUCAACCCAGAGCGGAUUUGCUAUUGCUACAAACGGAAAUUUUAUUUAUAUUGUUGGUAUAAAUCCAACACCCACAAUCUAUGAAAUCGAAACUAAUGACCUUGGUAUCAGAAGAGAGAUAUCAGGUACUUCUGGCUAUUCUAUUGGUUUCUCAAACUUAGAGGUUUAUGGCAGCUUGUACUUUAACAUGGAAAGUGGCUCAGUUAUAGAAACAUGCAAAUGGGAUAGAGAAACUACUAAUUUGAAUUGAGUUAAUUUUGGGAUUAACAAGCAAUCUAAUUUUGUUCCAAUUAGCAAUGAGACUCUAUUCGUUUCAUCAAGUGACUCUGCUCUUGACCAACACUAUUUUAUUGCCUAUAAUUUUUCUGACACGUCAAAUCUUGUUUGGAAGAAAAGCAUUGCUUGACUCCCUUCAGAUUGAGAAAGUGCGCUUGGUAAAUUUAUUUUAAGUAAAGAUAGAAGAGCAAUUUUUACAAUGAUUGUUUAUGAUGAGCAUUUCUUAUUUUAUAAGCUCAAUGCUACUGAUGGAUCUCCACAAAACCCUGGUUUUAUCUCUAGUUCUAACAGUGCUGGGAGAGUUUGUUCGAUGAGAGAGUUCAAUGAUUUUAUAGCCAUCCAAAUUCAUAGCUCUUCAUUUCAACAACCUUUUAGACUUAUCAAGAUAAAUAUUGCCAACACAAAUGUAAUUCAAGAAUUUGAAUCCACUAAUCCGAGUGUUUACGGCAUUGCAAGAGCAAUGAGUCUACAAAUAGAAGUUAUUUAUUAUUGUGGAGGUUAUUCUGGAAGUAAUAAAUUAUUUUUUGCAAGAUCUCCAAUAACCAACAUUAAUCAACUCUCACAAUUUGAGAAGGGGGAUCUCUUAUUCACUCAAAUUACUACUAAUUAUCAAGUAAGUUCCACUAUUUCGGAUCCGAGUUUGACUUCAAGUUCCAAGAUAGCUGAAAUCCCAACUACACCUUCUAUAACAGGCGAAAAUUUACCAUCAGCAAUCAGCCCUACUACCACCACCUCCGUAGCUCUUUGGAACGAAGACCACCUCCAAUCUGUCCCUAGCAACUACUUCACAAACCUAACCUUCACAUGGGCCUGAUCUCCCUCCUCCAACCCCACCCAAAUAUCUUUCAGUCUCACCCAAACAGCACCAACCCCCUCCCUGACUGGGUCCAUCUAUCUGCUCCAACCCAAGAGCUUUACUUGAACAAGACUCCAAUGCUCAAUGCUUCUGAGACAUUUUAUUUCACUCUUCAGAUUUCUUUCGGAAUGAAAAAUCUCUAAUUGUGACACUUGAAAACUCGGAGAACCAACAACAUGAGAAUCAUGCAAAGAUAACUUCCAAUUAUCAAACGACCAUAAAUCUUGCUCCUCAACCUUAGCUCCUACCCUCGCCACUACUACAGCCAUCACCUUAAUCGCAGCUAGCAUAAUUAUGGCUAGUAUUUCCUCUAUCCUCUCCUUCUCCUCCAUAAACUCCAUUUUCAGUAUGAUCAAUAGUCUGCAGCUAGCAAUGUUGUUGCCGAUGGUUCCAGAGUACUUCUCAAUGAAAGUAAUGGACUUCUUGGAUGGUAUGAGCUUCUCGAUGCUCUCUUUUGAUUUUGUGAGGAUUGGAGAUGCUCCUGGCGUUGAGGUUGUUACUGGGUGGAUGGAAUAUCCGCAAACUGAUGAGUAUUUGGAGAGUCUUGGUAUGAGUUCUGGGAGCUCGAUAGUGAAUUAUUUAUCACUAGCAGCUUUUGUGGGAUUGAUAAUUAUGGUUAAUUCUUGAGUCUUGAUUUGCAAGAAGUGAGCAAAUAAAUCAGAGAACGAGAAAUUUAAGAAGGCUACCGGCAAGCUAUUUGAAUUCUUCACCUUCAAUAUUUACAUCAGAAUGUUCAUCCAAUCCUUUGUUUUCAUAAUCCUAUGAUCACUCUCCGAACUCUACAACAUGAACCUCAAAACCACCACCACCAAAGCCUCCUUCUUACUAUCAUCCCUAUUCACCCUGCUCUCUACAUCCCUACUCCUGCUUUCCCUCUACAUGUACGCAAAAUCAUUCCCUGAAGUAGACAAUGAGAAAUAUUGGACAUGCAAGGAGUUUUUUAAUGGAGUGAGAUCUCAGAAAUACUCAAAUUUUUAUUCUACAAUAUUCCUGCUUGUGAGACUAAUGCUAAUCUCCCUGAUUAUCUUUGGAAAGACAAUGAGCCCCUUCUACAGAGCAACUGCUUUCUAUUCAAUAAACAUCCUGUAUGGUGUAUACCUUCUCAUUAUCCGACCUUUCGAGAACCCUCAAGACAAUAUGAUCGAAAACAUCAAUCAAAUCCUAUUCUGCUGCCUUACCAUUCCCUUAUCCUGGCUUAACAUUAAAUCCGACUGGACUGCUUUCUAUGAAACCCUCUACAUCUCCAUCCUCACAUCCUCACCCCUCAUCGGCUCUCUAAUCUCGCUCAUCUUCCUGUUCAAAUCGAUCAUUACCUACUUCAAGCCCAAAAAGCCCUCUUCCAAAGUCCAGAUCCUGCCUGAACUAACAACACCUUCUCCACAGCCAAGGACGCCUCACAUAUGGGAAGAACGUAAGGCCAAUCCUUCCAUUCACAAGUAUUCCUCGGACCUCCCCCUCCAGAAUUCAGAGAUUGAGAGUACAAUCCACCCUCCACUCCACUCAUCCAACCAAGCCCAACAGAUAGAAACGAGGCAAAGAAAUAUCGACCAUGCCAGAAUGCUGAUCGAACAAAGAGUCAGAAAACUCUGUUAAUCCAAUUAAAAUUGUGAAUCA